AUGGGACAGCAGUUCACCAACGCCCAGGGGGAACAGACAGAGAUUGAUGUUGCUGAAUUGCAGGAAUGGUACAAGAAAUUUGUUGUUGAAUGUCCCAGUGGGACCCUCUUCAUGCACGAGUUCAAGCGGUUCUUCGGGGUCCAGGAUAACUGUGAAGCAGCCGAGUAUAUUGAAAACAUGUUCAGAGCUUUUGAUAAGAAUGGGGAUAAUACCAUUGAUUUUCUGGAAUAUGUAGCUGCCUUGAAUCUCGUUUUACGAGGAAAACUGGAACACAAGCUGAGGUGGACAUUCAAAGUAUAUGACAAGGAUGGGAAUGGCUGCAUAGAUAAAUCUGAGCUGCUGGAAAUCGUUGAGUCUAUCUACAAGCUGAAGAAAGUGUGUCGGUCGGAGGUGGAGGAGAGGACUCCACUGCUCACCCCGGAGGAGGUUGUGGACAGGAUAUUUCAGUUAGUGGAUGAGAAUGGGGAUGGGCAGUUGUCUCUUGACGAGUUCGUUGAUGGGGCCAGGAAAGACAAGUGGGUGAUGAAGAUGUUGCAAAUGGAUGUAAACCCUGGGGGAUGGAUCACCGAGCAGAGGAGAAAGAGUGCUUUGUUUUGAGGAAAUUCAGGUUUGACACAGCUGAAAAUGUGGUGCUGGCUACAACUGUGGCUCUUACUCCAGGUGGUGGUGGCUUUCCUUUUUAAUACAAUCUCAACAUCCAGAUGAAAACUUCAGUGGUUUAAGAAGCCAUAUCUCUAUCUAAAACCCACGUGCUGCAUACUGCUGGUACCCAGAGACUAUUUUUGGCCCACGAAUAAGUCUUUCUGUGUACACAAUACCGUGUUGGCCAGUUCUGGUUUUUGGUUACACCCCAAGGAACAAACUUAUCGUGGCUUCCUGCAGUGGAUCCUGUGCGUGGUUUUAGUCUGACAGAUGGGAUCGGGAAGUGAGAAAUCCUGGCGUAGUGGUCCUGUCUCCAGUGCAGACUAGUGUUUGCAUCGUUCGUGCCUGCAGAGAUACAAACACAUCAAGCCAAAGAUGACAGCAAAAGAGGUGCUCUGGCAGGCGUUAGGCAUCCAGGGUGUCUGAAGGCAUAUUUAGUAGACUAUAUUGCUAAUGUAAAAUUAUUGAACACCAACGUAUCGCUAUCAGAUGAGAAUUGGAUUAA